GAAGAAGAUUAUAGAAAGCCGAGCUAGUGAAAGAGAUCGAGAGAAAGAAUCUCCUAGAAAACAGAUGGAAGAAACGAGACGCAAUAGAAGUAUACAAAAUAUGAAAUUCGGGAUAGAGAUACAGCUGAUUAUGGAAACUCUGGGAUAAAUAAGAAAACAUUAUCACCUGGUGCGAAAACGAGUGAAAGUAGUGGCGACUAUCCAUUACUGCCUGAAGUAGUAAAACUUGACAGGUGUUUUUUAGUACGGACAAUUGUAACUUGACACUGUCGAGUUUGAAAAUCGAUACCUCAUUUAUAAGCUAAAUAGCGAAAGAGUUUGACAUCUGCACAGGUGUAGUCGUGAAGAUCUUUGUGUUUAUCUUUGGAUUUACAGAUCAGAAAAAGUUUCCGGACCACCUGGCUGGAGAGCGGAGAAGGCCGCGAGGAUGGGAGGGUGAGAUUCUAGCAGCUCGUCUCGCGCGAAAGUCUGCGCCUUGACCGCACGUUUCACCGUUUGACCUUAGCAGUCCCGCUAAGAAGUCCGGCCCAAGAUGCCGCUGCUGUUUCUUGAACGUUUCCCCUGGCCCAGCUUGCAGACUUAUGCUGGACUGAGUGGUUUGCUUCUGGCUGCCAGUAUACUUAGCGCUUAUCGCACCGUGACGGAACUUUCAAGAAGUGCCUUGACCCCCGAAGAAGCUCCGGAGGCAGGAUCGCUGGAACUGGGGACUGCGCUUGUGUCAGACGUGCUCUUUUAUCUGGUGUACGACGGCCUUUUUGUUUGGGUAUUAGUGAACACUGCAUGCUGUUGCCUGAUGUUGAUUGCCAGAAUGAUUCAACACAUGGUUUUUGGGCCAUUGCGGGUUAGCGAGACACAGCACCUCAAGGACAAAUUUUGGAAUUUCAUCUUCUACAAAUUCAUUUUUAUCUUUGGAGUUUUAAAUGUGCAGACAGUUGAAGAGGUAGUAAUGUGGUGCCUGUGGUUUGCAGUUUUAGUUUUCUUGCACCUUAUGGUUCAACUCUGCAAAGACCGUUUUGAAUAUCUGUCCUUUUCUCCUACAACACCAGUGAGCAGUCAUAUUCGAGUGCUAUCCCUGCUUGUGUCUAUGCUUUUGUCGUGUUGUGGAUUGGCAGUUGUUUGUGGAGUGGUUGGAUACUUCCAUGGAAUGCACACUGUAGCUUUCAUGGCUGCAGAGUGCUUGUUGGUCACAGUUCGUACAGGUCACGUCAUCUUGCGUUAUACUAUCCAUUUGUGGGACCUUAAUCAUGAGGGCACUUGGGAAAGCAAAGGAACCUAUGUUUACUACACAGAUUUUAUCAUGGAGCUCACAUUGUUGUCUCUUGAUCUUAUGCAUCAUAUUCAUAUGUUGCUUUUUGGGAAUAUCUGGCUUUCCAUGGCAAGUCUGGUGAUUUUCAUGCAGCUUCGGUAUCUUUUCCACGAGGUUCAGCGCCGAAUUCGCCGCCACAAGAAUUACCUUAGAGUGCUUGGAAAUAUGGAGGCAAGGUUUGCAGUGGCAACACCUGAAGAGUUGGCUGUCAACAAUGAUGACUGUGCUAUCUGCUGGGAUUCCAUGCAGACAGCCCGCAAGCUCCCAUGUGGACACCUUUUUCACAACUCUUGCUUGCGCUCCUGGCUGGAGCAAGAUACUUCUUGUCCAACUUGCAGAAUGUCCCUCAAUAUAAAUGAAAACAGCAGAGCAAGAGAUGAGCAGCAGCAAGAGAAUUUGGAGGAAAACAUUGGUACUGUUCCUGGUACUGAUGCCAGGCCUCGACUUAACCAACACAAUCAUUUCUUUCAUUUUGAUGGUUCCCGAAUUGCCAGCUGGCUUCCCAGUUUUUCUGUAGAAGUAAUGCACACUACUAAUAUUCUUGGAAUUACACAAGCAAAUAAUUCACAACUUAAUGCUAUGGCACAUCAGAUACAGGAAAUGUUCCCCCAGGUCCCAUACCAUCUUGUGCUUCAAGACCUCCAACUGACGCGCUCUGUAGAAAUCACCACUGACAAUAUUCUAGAGGGCAGAAUCCAGGUGCCUUUCCCCACACAGCAAUCAUUAGGAUUCAGAACUUCAUUAAAUAAUCCAUCUACAGAGUCAAACAGUUUUAAUCAAGAUACAACUGACAGUUCUGUUCAGAAUACAGAUAGAGUAUCUUUAGAUCUCAGCCUGAAUUCUGAUGAGGCUACAAACACAGAAGUCAAUAAUGACAGUGCUCCUCAGCCAGCUGAAGACUUUGAAGCCAGAGGUAGCCGCUUUUCCAAAUCAGCAGAAGAACGCCAGAGGAUGUUGCUCCAGAGGAAGGAAGACCUUCUGCAGCAAGCAAGAAAGAGAUAUCUUAGUAAGAGUUCCAAUGAGGAUGACGAAGAGGAAGAGGCUGCCAUCUUUCUUACAGAGGCAAGAGUUUCUGGUACAGACGCCAUUAGUGUUAGACGCCGUACACUAGCAGCGGCAGCUGAAAGAAGAUUGCAGAGGCAGCAGGAUGUACCCCAGUAAGGACCCCCUGGACACUGGACUUCAUUAGACAUCUCAAACUUUUACUUAUUGAAGGAGCCUUUUAAAUCUCCAAAUUUUAAAGCUUUUUGCAAAAGCAAGUCAGACCAUCCUCUCUUGCCAUGUUUCACAUGUGAUCAUUUAUUUCUAAACAACUUGCAGUCUUAAGCUGAGAAAGGAUGAAUUGUUUGCUGAAGCAAAAAGUGGCGAAGUUCACCUAAGUUGUAAUACCAAGCAGCAUUUCAGUACUCAUCAGGAAAACUUUCAUGUUUGAAAACAAAAACAUGGAAUUUGCCUGUUACUACAAGAUCAGAAUCCCCAGAGGGGAUAACCUUUUUCCACAGAUGUCUUGAUAAAGUAUUUUUUGGUUGGUCACUUUUAAGUUUAAGGUAGAAAGGGAAGUGAGCAUGUUAAGAUUUUAUAUUGAAUAUUUUGUGUAUCAGUUUCACACCCACAGUCGACUCUCUUUUUUGAGGAGAAAUAUGUUAUAUAGUAUUUUGUGCAAGUUUUAUUUAAAAAAAAUACUGACAUUUUAAAGUAAGCUGCCAGGCUUUCCGUUCAAUGCAGUAUUCACAUCGUGCACAUUCAAGAGGUAUUUUUCCCUGGCAUGAAAAGAUCACAGAGUGAAACUUGCAGUCUGAUUAUUCAAAUUUUAAUUUUUUUUUAAAGUCCUGUGUCAGGUUCCACACUUGGCAAGGAUGUUGGACUUGCUGCUGUUCAUUUUCAGAUGGUGCUUUGACUUCCUGCAUUCAUAUGCACGGGCAGAAUGCUUAAAGUUAAAACAAACUGUUCUAUGUAAGAAGGUAAUGGUGUCAGUGAAGCUUCUUAUCACCGUUUUGGUCCUACAAUAAUUCAGUAUUGUACAUUUUGAGAUACUAAUGCAUAGGGUACUGCUUAGCUUGUUUGGUCCAUUGACAUGGGAACCACACAGCUUGUAAACAUCAGUUUUCAGACACUGUAACAAAGGUUAGUUGCACUGGUACCAUAUAUUUGUAUUUUCUUUGAGCCCUGUGCUUGUAUUCCAAUGGCUUUGGGUUCUUAUUUGAACCAGCUGUACUGCAAGUUAUUUGCUUAUUUUAACUUUUACUAGAGAAUAACUUCAGUUCUUGCUAAGAACGUGGAGGUUGUCUUUAGAGGCUUUUUGUUUAUUUAUGAAAUACAGAAAUGUAAAUGAUUAGCUAAUCCUGAAUUUGAAGUGGCUCAGGUGAACAUUUAUCAAGGGUUAAAGUUAUCCAAUUUAAUUGUGUGGUUUUCUAUAAAAUAUGUGGGUUAAAUGCAGCAAAAAAUAAAAUGUUUACGUAACCCUGAUUCAUUUAGUUUGAAGCUCCUCUAACAAAUCAGUGCUUUUGAUUGAACAAAAUGUAUUCUAUGGCAUGGUAGCUUUUGCAUCAUGCAGCUUAGUAUUGCAAUGUAAAGAAAACUUAAAACUUUGGAGUAAAGGUAGUGCAUAUGGGAUAGUCGAAGCCUAUAGGCCGGGCUGUUACGGAGGCACCACUUACACAGUGUUGUGGUAUCACAGUGUUUGCUGUUAAACCUGCCAAUGCUGUUGCAUCACUAGUUGUCAUUUUGGGUCUGCUCUGUUUUCUGCCCUCUUUGAAAAGAAAACAAAAAAGAAUUCUUAAGUGAACAAAAUGUCCGUCUUAUUUAAAGGAAAAAACAAAAACUUUGCAUUAGUGCCUAAUAAAUAGUAAUAACAAAAAAAACUGAUGUUCAGUGUGGAAAGUUAUAUCUGCAUAAACUGUGGAUAGCUUUUUGUAAAUAAUUUUAUAAUAAACUUUUUAUUACAGGCAAGUGUCCUGGAGAAAGUAGGAGUCAGAGUUAAAGUAGCAGCAUUUAACCAAACCUAACUUUCUUGUGCCGAACACUUUUAAAAAGCUUUAAAGAUGUGCAUUUGUUCUUGACAGGUAACAAAUAAUUUGCAUUUUUGAGAUCAUUUAUGAUUUGUAAUUACUCAAUAAAAUUGUUUUCUUGCA